AAAUCGAGGACCUCUUCCACCACCUCGGCCCGCCACAGGCCCAUCUUGACCAUCACCACCACUACCAGUUUACCGACCCCGCCCAUCGACGACGAUGCCUUCUCGCUCACCGAGAUCGAUCUUUUCCGCGAUGUCAACGACGAUUACAACGAAGACGCCAGCCACACCUCCUCGGACGCUGAGAUUCCCGUCCCCACCUCGAACGGCCGCGCCGUGCCCACCCGGAGCCCUAAGAUGCAGGAUCCUCCUCCGCCGUCGGUUGACCGUGGAAAGAGGCCGAUUCAGCAGCCCCCUGUUCUUCGAAUCAGCCCCGAGCCCCAUGUUUCCGCCCAAUUCUACACCUUCAAUAGGGAUUCACAUGCUCUAAUGAUUCGGUGCCUGAUUGAGGGGCGGACGGCGACGACGGAAGAAAUUCGGGCGGUGAAUCCACCUCCGCUGCUAUCAACCUGGCGCUUGGUAUGGAAGGAUCGAAACAUUGACACGGUCUAUCUGACGGCAUGGAAGCGCAUACAUGAUAAGCUCACCGUCAACGUGUCGAAAUCCGCUGCCUCAGUCGCCGCACUUAGGGUUAAAGAUACUAUAGAGAGAAUUAAGCAGGUCUGGACCGUGGGGGCCAAAUAUUACGGCAUACCCGAGAGUUAUAUCAAGACAUGUUUGGCUGCUUGUCCUUUAUGCCUGGAUGAGUCCUCUGGCUACGCUCUAAGGUCCAAGAAGCGUAAAUUUGAAUACACGGAGUCUCUCGAUGUGCCCGCCAAGGAAGUGCAAGCGAGGUUGCAACAGCUGGUAGCCAAACACAAGGUCGUGCUGUGCAUAAGGACUGGGAAAAUGCCUCCCUCGUUGUUGGAUACCAUGUUAAUCGAGCUUUUUGAAAUUGUGAAUAAACUUAGAAAUGUUGCGGAGGAUGGUUCGAAACCUGUUGCAUUGCUGUCAGAGAAGCAGGAUCUGGGUGAUGUGUUAGUGGUGGAGCAUGAUUUGCCGAAUUGGGUUGAUGACCAUCACACAAGGAUCUAUGGGACUGGUAAGGAUGCGGAUGGUUUGAAAGAUGAUGAGGCCAGCUUUGGAAGAACUCUUGGGGAAGUUGCUUCUUGGAAUGAAAUGAGGAUAGAAAGCAGGAAUGUGAAGGAUAUCCUUUAUGAGAAUUAUAAAGAAGAGAAAUGGUUUAAUUGUGGCGUAAACAGCUUCGACGCUAAAAAUCCAAAAUGGUUUGACUCUCUUGGUGGAUUGGAUACCGGAGCUGAUUGUAGUGAUGGUGGGUUUAGACAUGGGGAGAUCAUCUUGACUGUAAUGGAUUUAUCUUUUAUCUUAUUUUCGAAUGUAGAUGGCCUUACAUGUUUUUUAAACUGUAGAAACUCUUGGGUAGCCACCGUGGCACCAUGUUUGUUUCGAAAGGGCCUAUCCAUGUCCUAG